UACAAGAGUUUUUUAAUUAAUUUGAGAACUUUCUUCCCGUUGCAGCUUCAUCACAAACAAAUCAUCAAGAACUGAAAAGAAUGCAAAAGCUGGACCCACAAAUCGUUGUCAUGACAAAAGAGGAACGUCUCCAACCAUUACCUGUGCAAUUCCCACGUGCUAGAAAAGCAACCAUUAGCUGCGACCGUUCGCAUCAGUUUUAUGAUAUCUGCUUAAUUAACGGCUCAACUGUCUUGGACCCCACAACCUCCACCUUCUUUGUCAUGGACCCCAGCUCAUCGUCCCCACCAUACACCUUGGAGAAAAUCCGCCCCUACCCUAGAAAAGCAGAAAACCACACAAUGGCUACAAUCAAGGAGCUCACCCUCACUUCAGGCCCAGGCCCAAGCCCACCAUGUGAGGUCCAACAUAAUGUACCAGCCAUUGUAUUCAGUGCGGGAGGAUACACGGGAAACUUCUUCCAUGAUUUGAGUGAUGGGUUCAUCCCCCUCUUCAUCACCAUUAAUUCCAUCUUUGAUGCAGAUCAAGACUUCAUCCUAGUGAUCUCCAAAGCCCGUGAUUGGUGGGUUAAUAGGUAUGCAGAUUUGCUCCAUAUACUUACAAAGCACCCUAUUAUAAACCUCGACAAUGAUACUUCCACCCAUUGUUUUACUUCUACCUCUGUGGGCCUCAUUUCACAUGGUUUGAUUACAGUAGACCCAACAUUGUUACCUCACCCGAAAACAUUAUCUGAUUUUCGUUCCAUGCUAGGCGAAGCCUUUGGUCACCUUGGUAGCGCCAUCUUGGAUCCUCCAAAAGUUCGACCGCGAUUAGUGUUCAUCAGUCGUCCUGUUGGCAUUGGUAGAGUGCUUUUAAACGAAGAAGAAGCAAAGAGGGUGGCUGAAGAAAUUGGUUUUGAGGUUGUUUUAUUUGAGCCAAAAGCUACCACUUCGUUGAGUAAUGUUUAUGCAUUGCUUCACACAAGCCAUGCAAUGAUAGGGGUGCAUGGUGCAGCGCUCACACACUUGUUGUUUCUUCGUCCUGGCUCAGUGUUCAUGCAAGUGGUGCCGUUGGGCACUAGAUGGGCGGCAGAGGUAUGCUAUGGCAUGCCAGCUAGGGCAGUGCAGCUAGAAUACAUAGAAUAUAAAAUUGGUGUAGAGGAGAGUAGUCUGGUGGAAAAGUAUGAUAAGAAUGGUUUGGUGAUAAAAGACCCUAUUGCAUUUCGUGGGAAGAAUUGGUCGACUAUGAAUAUAUAUUUAAAGGAACAGAAUGUUAAACUGAAUAUAGUUAGGUUUGGAGCGCAUUUGAAGGAAGCUUACAAGAUAGCGAAGAGGUUCAUGGAGAAAGAGGGCUAAUGUUUGUAUAUUUAUAUUUGCAAAAUAAAAACAGCUCUUUUUC